GCAUCGAACGCCGUCGGAUGAGGCAGCAGAACUGGAUGAAGAUGACAAUGAAACACCGCCAUUGAAGCCCUUCACUGUUUUCCUGCCACCGCCACUAACCGAAUGCCACUAUGGCAACGGUGUCGUUUACUCUCCAUCUCUGCCGAAAUUUCUGCAAAACGCUCUAUCCCACUCCCGCUCGUCUGAGCCUCCGUGACGUCACAUUCCGGCGAAGCUUCCGCCGCCGAGUCUCCUUCUCCAGUUCCGCUUUCUCCCGACGCUUCUCUGCCAUCGCACCAGGUUCCACCUCCCGAGCAGAAUUGGAUUGUGAAAUUGGAGCACUGGAUGAAAAAUAUGACGUGAUUGUUGUUGGAGGAGGCCACGCUGGGUGUGAAGCUGCUCUUGCCUCCGCUCGUUUGGGUGCUAGAACUCUUCUUCUUACUCUCAAUAUUGACCGGAUUGCAUGGCAGCCUUGUAAUCCUGCAGUUGGUGGGCUUGGGAAGUCCCAGCUUGUUCAUGAGGUAGAUGCGCUUGGUGGUGAUAUAGGAAAGGUUGCUGAUAGAUGUUACUUACAAAAGCGUGUACUCAAUGUCUCAAGAGGUCCUGCAGUUCGUGCAUUACGUGCUCAGACUGACAAAAGGGAAUAUGCCUUGUUAAUGAAAAGUAUAGUAGAAAGCACUCCGAACCUUUCUAUCCGAGAGGCUAUGGUCACAGAUAUUUUACUGGGGAAGAAUGAUAAUGUGGAAGGUGUUUGUACAUUUUUCGGAAUGAAAUUCUAUGCUCCAUCUGUUGUUCUCACCACAGGAACCUUUAUGAGUGGCAAGAUUUGGGUUGGUAGAACAUCUAUGCCCGCAGGAAGAGCUGGCGAGUCUGCUUCACAUGGAUUGACUGAGAACUUGCAGCGACUUGGUUUUGAAACUGAUCGGUUGAAAACUGGAACCCCAGCCCGAGUGGACAUUCGCUCUGUAAAUUUCUCUGAAUUAGAACCUCAGCAUGGAGAUGAAGAGGUUACCUGGUUUAGUUUUGAUCCUGAUGUCCAUAUUGAAAGAGAGCAGAUGUGCUGCUACUUAACCCGGACUACAAGUAUUACUCACCAGAUAAUAAGAGAGAACUUACAUGAAACUCCCACUUAUGGAGGAUGGGUUGAAGCCAAAGGACCUAGAUACUGCCCUUCCAUAGAAGAUAAGAUUGUAAGAUUCCAAGAUAAAGAGUCUCAUCAAGUAUUUCUUGAACCGGAGGGUCGGGAUGUUCCGGAGCUCUAUGUGCAGGGGUUCUCAACUGGUUUGCCAGAGAGACUACAGCUACCUUUGCUAAGAACUUUGCCUGGACUUGAGAACUGUUCAAUGUUGAGGCCUGCAUAUGCCGUGGAGUAUGACUAUUUACCUGCUCAUCAAUGUAAUAGGUCUCUUAUGACAAAGAAAAUACAAGGAUUGUUCUUCUCUGGUCAGAUAAAUGGAACUACAGGCUAUGAAGAAGCUGCAGCGCAGGGCAUUGUUUCUGGUAUCAAUGCUGCUAGACAUGCAGAUGGUAAACCACUCAUUAUUCUUGAGAGGGAGAGCAGUUAUAUUGGAACAUUACUUGAUGAUCUAGCUACCAAGGACCUACGAGAGCCUUACCGCAUGUUAACAAGCCGCUCAGAGCAUCGGUUACUCUUGAGAUCUGAUAAUGCUGAUAGCCGUCUCACUCCUUUGGGUCGUGAAAUUGGAUUGAUAGAUGAUAGACGCUGGAAACUGUACCAGGAGAAGCAGGCCCGGAUUUCUGAGGAAAAGAAGCGGUUAAAAAGUGUCAGGAUUUCAGGAGGGGAUUUGGCUGCUGAAGUUACUGAUCUGUCUGGUCAGCCAGUGAAAGUCUCUUCAACAUUGGAAAGUCUUCUUAAGAAACCACACAUACAAUAUAGAACUCUUGAUAACCAUGGUUUUGGCAACAAAAACUUGACAAGAAUGGAGAAAGAAUGUGUUGAGGUCGACAUUAAGUACGAAGGUUUCAUCUUGCGUCAGCAAAGCCAUCUUCAACAGAUUGUUGCUCAACAUCAUCGACCACUUCCUGAAGACUUGGAUUACCAUGCAAUGAUAAAUUUGUCUCUUGAAGCACGUGAAAAACUUUCCAAGGUCAGGCCUCAAACCAUUGGUCAGGCAACCAGAGUAGGUGGGGUGAGCCCUGCUGAUAUCACAGCUCUACUCAUUGUGCUUGAAGCCAAUCGUAGGAAAGCUCAUGAACAGAGGAGGUACAAAAUAUUGAACGCCAUUCGAGCUGAUGAUACCCAAGAUGAGGUGUCUGAAGUUUCUUUGACUGAAACAGUUAGCUCUGGAUAAGUUUUCAUGCUAUUUGAUGCCUGAACAUUCCAUCGAUUUUGAUAUUUAGCUGUGCCAUAUUAUUUAUCUAUGAUGUAAUUGUACAUGAAUAGAUUUACGGAGAAUGGAGAUAAAGGAAAAGAAACUAACUGUGUUGGUUUUCCCCCUUUA